UUAGGGUAAUCUGGUACCCGGCACGAAUACGUCUAAAACCAACAAGUUUGUCACCUGUGUGUACAGCAGAAUACAGCCGAGUCUUGAUUCAGCUCUAGAAAUCGUUGGAAACGUUCAGUCCACCAUGUCGUUCCCUGACAGACAGCCUUUGGUUCAUAACGGGGUUCUGUAUCCUCAUUUCGUCACCAUGGAGAAUCUCGAGGCCAUGAAAACCUUCCAGACUCGCGACGACGACAUCGUCAUUGUCAGCUUUCCCAAAACAGGUACGAACUGGACCCUGGAGAUCGUGACUCAGAUCCUGCAGGCCGCCGGGAGGUCGCCCGCCAAAUCAGACGACCACAUCAUCGGGAAACUGGAGUUCCUCUACCCCGAGAACCCCCUCCCCUCAUACGUGCUGCUGGAAGACGCCCCCUCCCCCCGGGUCAUCCUCACCCACCUUAAACCCGGGACAGCACCCCCCGGGAUCGCCAAUCCCCGGGGAAAGGAGAAAAUCCUGGUAGUGAUGAGGAACCCAAAGGACGCGGCUGUGUCCUUCUAUCACUUUAGCCUGAAGAUAACAAACCUCGAUGCCAACCAGAGGCCAUGGCCUAAAUUCUGCGAAGACUUCCUUUCUGGGAAGGAGGUCCACGGCAGCUUCUUUGAUCACGUGUUGUCCUGGUGGGAGAAGCGAGAUGACCCCCACUUCAUCUUUCUCAAGUACGAGGACAUGAAAAAGGACAUCGCCAGCGAAGUGAAGAGAAUCGCAACGUUCCUAGAAGCUGACCUAGACGCCGCCACCAUUGCGGGGAUCGCAGAGAAGUGCACAUUUGAGGGCAUGAAGGCAACCUUGGACAACUCCCGGUACGGAGAUAGGAGAGUCAUGGCCAGGAAAGGCAUUGUUGGAGACUGGAAGAACCACUUCACCGACGAACAAAAUCAAGCCUUUGACGCUCUGUACGAGGAAAAGCUGAAAGGGACAGGUCUUGACUUUGAAUUUGAGUAGAUUACGUUUCAAAACGAUCUUUACAGUAAUAGACCUGGGUUUCCGUCAAGGUUACAUAUCUGCGUCUAUAACUGUUACCAUGCAUCAAUACUAGUACGUUGUGUGGGGUCGUGUGGCGUAGCGGCAGUGUACGCGACUCGGAACUUAGAGUCCCGGGUUCGAGUCCUGACAUGCCACCGAUCUUGUGCCCUUGAGAAAGGCACUUUACACGGCUUUCCUCACUUAGCUCAGGUGUAAAUGAGUAUUGUCCUGUCAUGUAUUUGUCCCCUGUGUUGGUGGCGGAAUUAAUAUAAGUUGAAAAAACUUGAGUGUGCCGUCACCGCGUCUGGUGAUUGCAUGUUGGAAUAAAAAAAAAUACUAGUACGUUGUAAGCUCUACAUAACAUUGUAGGACGAAGAUGCUUCCUUGAUGAACAAAAUACAUAAACACGUUACGAGGCACUGGCUAUCAAAAGAGUAUUUAGUACACUACAGUGUGCGACUUCAUUUCAAGUGUGAGAACUAUGGGUACAGGCACAAGCAGCUAGGUAGAUGUUGCAAGUUGUAGUAUUCAUGUGCAAAAUAGUCAUUAUAUAAUCUCCAAGCAGAUAUUAG